GUUAGCGACGUCGCUAAAUUCUCGCUCAUUAAUUUGUUUUGAAUAAAGAAUUCUACAUCUCACCCAAUGGCUGACAGUGAUAAAACACCUCUAUCUGUGGAAAAUGGACCUCAAUCAUCUCCCAUAUGUCUUAUUGUUCUGGGUAUGGCUGGUUCCGGUAAAACCACUUUUGUACAAAAGCUAACACAGACAUCGUUUGAGCAAUUCAAGCCCUAUGUUAUAAAUCUGGAUCCGGCAUGCAGGGAAACUCCUUACCAUGCUAACAUAGAUAUACGAGACACGGUCAACUACAAAGAAGUUAUGAAACAAUAUAAACUUGGUCCUAAUGGAGGCAUUGUGACAUCUUUAAAUUUGUUUGCCACCAAAUUUGAAAAAGUUGUUGAGUUAGUACGUAGAGCGGGAACUCAGGGUCAUAAAUGGUGCAUCAUAGAUACCCCGGGACAAAUUGAAGUGUUUACCUGGUCUGCAUCUGGAACUAUUAUAACAGAAGCAUUAGCCACCAUGUUUCCCACCAUAGUUGUUUAUGUUAUGGACGUGGUUCGAUCAGUAAGUCCCACAACGUUUAUGUCUAAUAUGUUAUAUGCCUGCUCAAUAUUGUAUAAAGCUAGAUUGCCGUUUGUGGUGGUAAUGAAUAAGAUUGAUAUGCAAGAUCACGAUUUCGCUGUUGAGUGGAUGACGGAUUUUGAAGCUUUCCAGGAAGCAUUGGAGAAGGAACAGAACUAUAUAAGUAAUUUAACCCGCACAAUGUCUUUAACAUUAGAUGAAUUCUAUUGUGGUCUGAAAACAUGUGGAAUAUCAUCCAAAACUGGAAUUGGCUUUGACGUGUUCUUCAACUUGGUUGCAGAAGGAGCACUGGAAUAUGAAAAUGAUUACAAGGCAGAGUACAACAAACUACGAGAAGAAAAACUAAGAGAACAAAAUAAGAAACAGGAAGAAAAGUUAAUGGAUAUAGCAAAGAGCAAAGGGGCAGGAAGUGAAAUAUUGCUAACAGGAUUUGUUGAAGAGGUGUCGAGUGGUCGUGAACUUUCUGAUGUCUAUUUGAAACAUCCCGGUAACGAAAGUUCUGAAGAUGAAGAGGGAAAUGAAGAAGAAGCGCCUUCCACGUUUCAAAUAGAGCAGGUGGAGGAACAGAAUUUCCAACAAUUUGUUCAAAAUCGUAUUGAUACACAAAAAGAGAAAAAUAAGCAAAUGAUGUGAUAUUUUUAAAAUAAAAUAUGUUUGCUUAUUGCAUU